AUGAGCGCGCAGAAUAAAGACGGGCAACAGAAUCGCGGAGUACCGGGCCGGGAAAGGAAAAACACAUGCCUCGGAUCGGACCUCGGGCCAAGAACGCCCCCGCGUUACAUGUUUGUCCAACGCGUGCCUCGGCCCAAGUGCCCGUCAGGGAUAGAAGCUAGCAAGCCGGGAGCUCUGUCCCUUCACCAUACCUUUCUCGCAGCCUCUCUCUUCUUUAAGACGAUUCGAAGUGGAGGCUUUUGGUGGAAGCUGUCUUCAGUUUGCUGUCAUUGUCGUUGUUGUCCGUGCUGUGACGUCUGUCAGCGUCGCUCCUCGUCCGUGGAAGACCUGGACGAUACAUUUGACGACAACCUACCGAUAUGCAGCGACCACAGCUCCGCUGGCUCCCACCACUCCCGCCAUCCGUCCACCAGUUCCCGCCGGUCCUCCUGCAACGAAUCGCGCGAUUCCCGCCGCAGCUCCACGCCAGUCUCCGAGUAUCGGCGGGGCAGCACGCCGGUGCCCGUCAUCGACAUGAAACCUAUCGAGUUCUGGCCGCCGAGCACCAACCAGGAGACGGUGCAGCCGAAGCCGCUGACGCGCCGCUACACCAACGACUUUGGCUCGUUCAGUGACACGGACCUCAAGAUCGAGCCCAAACUCUACGAGGUGUCCGAACAGGAGGAGGACCUAACGGACGAAGAGAAAGUGGCGCGGUACAAACUGGGCAAGAUCCACUUCGGGUUGCGGUACGACGUAGCGGACGAGCAGCUUGUCGUCAGAAUCAUCAAAGCUAGAGACUUACCUCCCCCUGUUCUAUACGACGAGACGAGACAAGACUUGGCGCAUUCCAACCCAUACGUCAAGAUCUGUCUCCUACCAGACCAAAAAGAUUCCAAACAGACCACGGUCAAACGCAAGACGCAGAACCCGGACUUUGAGGAGCAUUUUCGGUUCAACAUCUCCUACCAAGAGGCGCAGAGGAGGCUUCUACUCCUGUCUAUUCAAGAUUUUGAUAAGUUUUCGCGGCAUUGUGUCAUUGGACAGCACAUCACUUCACUGGCUGGUCUUCAUCUCAUCAAGGGUGGUCAUUACUGGAAACCACUCCAACCUCCAAAUCAAAACAACCCCGGCCGUGGCGAGCUGCUGCUUUCUCUGAACUACUUGCCGAGUGCCGGCCGGCUGAAUGUUGACGUCAUCAAGGCGAAACAGUUACUACAGACGGAUAUUCACGGUGGAUCAGAUCCCUUUGUGAAGCUCCAACUGAUCAUGGAUCAGAAGGUAGUCAAGACGAAGAAGACUUCGACCAAGAAGAACACGAUCGAUCCCGUCUUUAAUGAAACCUUCAGCCUGCACGUCACGCCCAGUGCGCUGGAUGAGGUCUGCUUGUUGGUCUCGGUCUGGGAUUAUAACUCCAAGAGCAGAGACAACUUCAUCGGGCAGAUGAUACUGGGCAAGUACCCAUCAGGACCCAGUGAAAUUACACACUGGCAACGUAUGGUCCACGCCCACCGCUCCCCCGUGGCUCAGUGGCACACACUGCGCACACGCGAGGAAUGUGACGCAGUGUUUCCGUCGUCGUCGACCGUGGGCGUGUCUUGAUGCAGAGACAUCGGCAGGCAAACAGCGCCACCCUUCGACGUUACGUUUGGACCGUGAUAUUAACGGAGGCAUUGGAGCGAUAACGGGACGUGUAUACCAGCCGUCAAAACAUCUCCGUGGUCGUCAGUGCAGUCAGCAGGUGCAGAGGUUAAACAAUGCCUCGAGAAAAGGCUAAGGGAGGUUAACACUGUGCCAAUGCAAAUAGAUUUAUACAAUUAUGGCUUAAUUAAUGCAAGCUUACUCAAUGUGUUUCUUUAUUUAAACAAAAUGUUAAACUCUUUGCCUGUGAUGGAGCUACAGCCCUUAAGUCAUGUACCUAAGAUAUUUGGCCAUCCGAUCAAAACAAUUUCCCUGCUUAUUCCUUUAAAUGGCACAUUCGGACUGUCUCUUGGGGAAAAGUAGCUGAGGCCUGCUAUGUGUGAUGCUCGGAACUAGGAUGUGAAUUCUUCAAUGAAGUACUUAUUCAUGUAAGGGAAUUUAAAAAAAAAAAAAAAUGUGAUACCAUGCACACGCAGUAUGUGACUCGUGGAUGAUGUAGAACGUUCAAUAAUUGAUGUCAGCUCACCAAAGCUAGAAUUUGUUUAAAUUACGUGUAGAGGUGUUGUCCAGUGACUAAAUAAUAAUGACGUGUUGUCCAACGAAAGGCGAGAUGCAAAGAUAUGAAGAACCCAUCCACUUGCAUGAACAAGGAGCAUAAUUACAGUGAAUUAGAAACAUGGACCCGAAGAGUCAAUAUUUUCUCUGCUAAGACUAUAAAAAUUAUAAAAUGAUGGCCGCAAAAGAUUACCAUUUAUUUUGUGAAUGAGAAUGUUUAGGGCCUACAGCUAAUGUCAUAUACGCUUCGAACUUUUACUUGUUUGCACAUAAUUAUCACGAAUUUAUACAGCUAACCUUUUUUGGGGGGCAAAUUAAUGACGGGCAUCAGUUUAAAACCAAGGCUUAUUCAGGACUCAGUACCGUAGGAUUAUUGAUCGAAUUUAUAAGAACAACAGCAACUACAUCCGACUGAAAUAAAUGUUAUCUCCGUCCAUUUUAACCCUCGUCCAUAUAAUUCAUUCACUUGGUUCAUUUUGUUCGACGUUACCUAAAAUUUCAGAGUCACUCACCUUUGACGUUAGGCUAGUUCUGAAUUUUGUGACGUGACCGAAAACUGCGAAUUGCAAAUACUGUGGUAUAGACUCAAGGCAUAUAGGAUCAUUUGCCUUUAUCCCAAACGUAACUUACCGAAUUAUUAUUAAAAAAAUCUUACUUGGAUUAAUGAUCGUACUGGUAUACUAAACACCCCAUGAAAUUAUUCCGUCUGGCUUUGCUGUCAUUUCGAAGAAAUCAAGGAAUGGAGGUGAUUUCCAACGAUGAGUCAAUUGACCGAUUUUGGAAAUAAAGAAUUAAAUACGAAAUUCUGUUUCGUGAUCGAAAGGUUGUGCAUGGUUUUCACUGUUUUCUCGAACAGUGUCAUUUAUCCACUGAGCUGAAGCGAUGAGGAUGCACACGAUGCAAAUGAAUCACCCUCCACACUGGGGGUUCUGUUGAACAACUUUUACCCCUAUUCAAUUUGCUUUUGCUUUAUUAAAAACUUUGGCACUUUUUCAGGCGUUUUUCAGCUCCGGCUUUAGGCAUCACCACCUAGAAUAUAUUGUCUGUUCAACAGGUUAGGUUUUGAACAUUCUUCUUUUGAUUUUCUGUGGUGUUAUAAUAAAUUGGGAACGAACAAAAUGCAUGAACAGCAAAUGAUCCUACAUGCCUUAAUCCCGGUGGUAUCUGUAUAAGAUCGGAAGAUUGGUGAUGCAAAAUGUUGUUAGAACCGUGGUCCUAUGUAGAAACCAUCAAUGUUAAAUUUAACGCGGCAGUUUUUGCAGUGUAUCUUUGAUAUUCUAUAAAGUGAGAAUAUAAUUGGAACCAAAGUUACGCCACAGACUGACGUUUUAUUUGGAAUGAAGAUUUAGUUAUGCUUUUUUUAAUAGGUUCCUAGGCUUGGUAAAGUCGGCCUCUCAUUUUGCGGAAUAAGAGAAGAGGCGUGACCUGAACAACCAUACUUGUUCCGUAACUGUGGGGACUAUACAUACGAGUUGUACUAUGGGGACCAAAGACGCUGAGAAAACAGAAGAAAGUCCCCAUAACUUGGUCCUAAUUCGCCUAACAAUAAAAACUUCCCCAGGCUUGGUGAAGUUAGCCUCUCGUUUUGCGGUAUAAGAGAAGAGGCGUGACCUGAACAACCAUACUUGUUCCGUAACUGUGGGGACUACAUACGAGUUGUCCCAUUGUACUAUGGAGACCGAAGACGCUGUGGAGACAGCAGAAAGUCCCCAUAACUUGGUACUUAUUUGCCUAUAACAAACUUCCCCAGGCUUGGUGAGGUUAGCCUCUCGUUUUGCGGCAUAAGAGAAGAGGCAUGACUUGAACAACCAUACUUGUUCCGUAACUGUGGGGACUACAUACGAGUUGUCCCAUGGUACUAUGGAGACCGAAGACGCUGUGGGGACAGCAGAAAGUCCCCAUAACUUGGUCCUAAUUUGCCUAACAAUAACAAACUUCCCCAGGCUUGGUGAAGUUAGCCCCUCGUUUUGCGGUAUAAGAGAAGAGGCGUGACUUGAACAACCAUACUUGUUCCGUAACUGUGGGGACUACACACGAGUUGCCCAUGGUACUAUGGGGACCUAUCGAAGACGCUGUGGGGACAGCAGAAAGUCC